AUGGAUCUGCAGCUUGGCUUCCUCGUGGUUCUGUUUGCUUUCUCAAUUCUUGGGAUAAAUAUUGGAGAGGUUUCGGCCAAGUUCAACUGGCGUUCAAUACGGAGGAAUUUGAGGUUUCUUGGUGAGGAACCACGUGGUCACCGCGGCGGUAUUCGGCGGCCCGCGCUUGUCCCUCGUUCCGAACAUCGACACACCAACACCCGAUCUCGUUCAAACUCCGCGGGCCAGCAAUCUCACCGAUGUCCUGGCUAUCGCUUUGCCUGCACGUACACCCAUCAGUGCAUCAGUAAAUCCUGGCGAUGUGACGGCUAUCAUGAUUGUUGGGACGGCUCGGAUGAAAUUGAAUGCAGCAAGUGUUACUCCCAUGAAUUUGAAUGCCAGAACGGAGGUUGCGUCCAGUCCCGUGAUCGAUGCGAUGGUUACAACGACUGCGGCGAUGAGAGUGAUGAAAGCUUCCUAAAAUGUGGAGUAUGCGAUGCGGAGACGGAGUUUGCGUGUAAGAACAACGGACGAUGCAUACCACGUGACUGGUCAUGUGACUAUUAUGACGACUGCCUGGAUUUCAGUGACGAGGAUUACUGUUAUAACGGUGGUUACAAUGGAAUUUACGUCAACGCUGAGGUUGGGGAAACGAGUACAGUCGCUACCACAACGCCCUCUCGUGUCACAACAGAGCCAUCAACAACACCAAAACCAGUGUCCUGUGACUGGUCUACAUGGGGAAGCUGGAGCCUGUGCACGGCCAAUAUCUGCUACGCUGAGCGGAGGAACCGGACCCGUACCUGCCCGUGCGGAGACGGCAACUGCCCCACGCCGGACGCCGACAAUGCAGGUAGCGGUACCGGUGACCGGGAGCACAGGAUGUGCCCGCUGCAGAAUUGUCCAGAGGAGGCCGAUUCUGGAUGCGGUACCCACGCCACUUUGGGGUCCCUCUUCUCCGCACGAAUCGUCGGAGGUGAGAGUGCGACUCCGGGGGAGUGGCCCUGGCAGGCUCAGCUCCGUAUCAAGGACAGCGCCGGUCAUUUCAACUACGUCUGUGGUGGGUCGCUUGUGGACUGGCGGUUCGUGGUGACUGCCGCUCAUUGCUUCGUGGGGUCCAGCAACCCAUCUAAUUGGUUGGUAAUUCUUGGCCGUCACCACGUUGACUCAGGAGGCACACAGUUCACCAUCUCAGACAUCAUCAUCCACGAAGACUACAACAGCGGAACCUCGGAGCACGAUCUAGCCCUCCUGGUGCUGAGCGAGCCGGCCAGGCCAUCACGGACCGUCAACACGGUGUGUCUGGACGAAUCGGGCGAGAAGUACUUCGGCAAGGAGUCCAACUGCUACAUCACUGGAUGGGGGUACACCUCGUUUCAAGGAACUACCUCCGCUACACUCCAAGAGGCCAACGUACCCCUAAUACCUUAUGACGUAUGCACCAAACCGGAAGUCUACGGUCAAAUGAUGCUACCCUCAAUGCAGUGCGCUGGAUAUUUGGAAGGCGGGGUAGACUCUUGUCAGGGUGAUUCUGGUGGUCCUCUAGUCUGCACGGCGACGGAUUCAACCAAUGGGAAGGCUCGUUACUACCUGGUCGGGGCCACCAGCUGGGGAAUCUCGUGCGCAGACAAGAACCACCCGGGCGUCUAUACCAAAAUUGCCGACUACACUGAUUGGCUGAGGAGGCAAAUGGAUGACCACCCUCCGCCGUAGAGGGAGUCUUAUAACAACACUGCCAAGUCUCUCUUCUUUGUUGUCUGUGUCUGAUUCUCUCUGUCUGCUUGGUCAGUGACUUGAUUUUGUGCGUAGGCCAAUAGAGCACUAAAACUGAAAUCGUUUUAAUUGGCUUUUGUUUUUGUUUUGUUUGUUUGUUUGUUGCUUUUACGAUCUCUUAUUUUACUUAAGUAUCUUUGGAUUAGCACGUGUACGUAUUUUUUUCUUUGCAUACUUCGAUUAUGUGUAACGUCUUUCUUCGCACCACAUUAUGCCUUUGAUCAUUGUUCUAGGAAACGUGACGAUUGUGGUGAUCCAAUGACGUCUUUAUCCUCGCCAAGUUAGUCUAAAUUUGUCCGUCCAUAGUUAGAAGAUCAGUCAAGGCCUUUUACUUUGCUCCGACGGGGAGAGUUAUAUCUGUCUGUCUUUGAAUACAUGGAAUAAAUGCUUCUCAAGUCAAUCAAUUAGCUUUAGAGGAAUGGGGAAAACAAAGUUCAUGUACAUACAUACAUGUAGAACAGUGAAAUUUGAUAGAAAUGUGAAGGUCUUUAUAAUCGGACAUGUCGUAAUUUAUACUGUUAUAAUAUUGUACAAAUACUAUUUGGUCACGUGCUCCUCAUUUUUCCCAUCCUUAUAUGCAAGGAAUCAAACUGACAUAUUUACACUGCCAUUCGGUGGUUUUCAUAGACCGCUUUUUUGUAGAUGCACAUGAUCACUGCCAUUUCUGUGAU